GAGUGCAGGAUCCUCAACAUGAAAAGAUCAUUACUGUGACUACUAAUGGAAGUAUUCACAGCCCCAAGUUCCCACACACGUACCCGCGCAACACCGUGCUAGUGUGGAGAUUAGUGGCAGUAGAGGAAAACGUAUGGAUACAGCUUACUUUUGAUGAAAGAUUUGGGCUUGAAGACCCAGAAGAUGACAUUUGCAAGUAUGACUUUGUAGAGGUUGAAGAGCCAAGUGACGGCACCGUUUUAGGGCGCUGGUGUGGUUCCAGUACUGUGCCAAGCAGACAAAUCUCUAAAGGAAACCAAAUCAGAAUAAGAUUUGUGUCUGAUGAAUAUUUUCCUUCUGAACCUGGAUUCUGCAUCCAUUAUACGCUUCUUGUGCCACACCACACAGAAGCACCCAGCCCGUCCUUGCUUCCCCCGUCAGCCCUGCCAUUAGAUGUGUUAAACAACGCCGUGGCGGGGUUCAGUACCGUGGAAGAACUCAUCCGGUACCUGGAACCGGAGCGGUGGCAGCUGGACUUGGAAGAUCUGUACAGGCCGACAUGGCAGCUUCUUGGAAAGGCAUAUAUUCAUGGGAGAAAAUCAAGAG